GAAUUAACUUCUGCCUUCAUUGUAGUAAAAACAAGCAGCAGCGGGCCCUACUGGUGCUGACAGUCAGUUCUGGACCUGCCUUUCACUCCAUACAGUGUAUGCAGUCUGUCCAGAAUUUCAAUUUCGAUGGCCGAAUUAUCGUACUUAAACAAAUUCAGCAUUGAACGACCUAGUGGGUUUUUUGUUUUAUUCCUUUUACACUCUCCCAGUCCUGAAUAACACCCUGCCCUCUAAUGGGAAAGAUUGUGCCAAGCAAUGCUGAUGACUCUCAGUCUGAAGAAGAAUCUCGACCCGAAAAGUCACCUAUUCCUUUUUCUCCAGAGGUGCUGCCCAACCUGCCGAGUUACUCAAGCAUUUUGUGUCUAUGCUGAUGAUGGUCUCUUGAAAACAUGGCUAAUGUGAAUUAUUGUGUGGCCAGUCUCCAGAAUAUGAUGAAGAUAGGUACAACAAGCUGGAGUAAUUCAGCAGAUCGGGCAGCAAUUAUGGGGGAAAGGAAUAAGUAGCGUUUCUGUGGAAAUCUGCUUUAUCAGUGUAAUUCUCUGCCACAGAGGUAAUGGAGGCCAAUUCACUGGAUGUAUUCAAGAGAGAGUUAGAUAUAGCUCUUAGGGCUAACGGAAUUAAGGGAUACGCAGAGAAAGCAGGAAUGGGGUACUGAUUCUGGAUGAUCAGCCAUGAUUAUAUUGAAUGGCAGUGCUGGCUCAAAGGGCCGAAUGGCCUACUCCUGCACCUAUUUUCAAUGUUUCUAUGGUGGAGACCUUUCUUCAGAUUUAAAGUCAUCACCAUUUAUUGUCAGUCUGAAGAAGGGUCAGGGCUCGAUACAUCUCCUAAUCGUUUUCUCCAGAGAUGCUGCCCAAAGAUACUCCUCUAGUAUCUUUGAUGCUGCCUGACUUGUUGAGUUACUCCAGCACUUUGGUGUCUAUCUUCAGUGUAAACCAGCAUCUGCAGUUCCUUCCUACAGAUUAUCAUCACUGAAGCACAGCGCACAGGUUGCCCAUUCAUACUCAGGAUUUACAAAAGCAAUGCCUGGGGAAGUUUGCAUCAAAGAUACUAGUUUGCAGCAAAGAUCUUAUAGCGAAGCAAAUAAGAUCUUUGGUUUGCAGCUGCCAUCUACCGUUUGCAAAGAUUCAUUACCGCCGAACCAGGGCUGUACAGAGUCCACGCAGUUGCGGCCUUGUCGCUGCAAAUUGUUCUCUCGACAAAAAGAGAGAGACGAGUUGGUCGGAGUUUUGACGGGUUGUACACGCCUGACGGCGCUUUAAGUGGAAGGAGGCGAUGAACCGAUGGUGUUGCUGGCGUCGACUGAGGCCUUGGCGGGCGGCCCGGGCCCGGGCAUUUGGCGACCAGCGUUCCAGCGCCCGUUGGCCGGGCAGGCGCUGCCUGGUAACGGAGGCCGGGCCCAGACCCGUGCGGCUCGCCUGCGCCUCCGGCUUCUGGGGGGACACUGCGACCUCGGUUCCACAGUUGGUGUCUGGUGGGAACCUGGAUUUCCUGGUGUUUGACUACCUGUCUGAAAUCACCAUGUCUUUGCUCGCUGCUGCUAAAGCCAAAUCACCCGAUCUCGGUUAUGUACCUGAUUUUGUGCAGAUAGCAAUGGCUCCAUUUAUAAAGGAAAUUCAUAAAAGAGGAAUCCGUGUGGUCUGCAAUGCUGGUGGUGUAAAUCCUCUUGGUUGUGCGGCAGCUCUACAGGAAGUUGUUAUGAAAGCAAAACUAGACUUGAAGAUUGCAGUUGUGACAGGAGAUGAUUUAAUAUUUAUGAAAGAUUUGCUGAAAGAAGUGGGCAUCACUGACAUGUAUAACGACAGUCCUUUUCCUGCAAAUGUCCAAAGCAUGAAUGCUUAUCUAGGAGCCCGACCGAUCAGCAGAGCUCUGGAUCUUGGUGCUGAUGUAGUGGUGACUGGAAGAUGCGUCGACAGUGCUAUCGUUCUGGGACCUCUUAUUCAUUCUUUUGGCUGGAAACAAAAUGAGUUUGACCUGUUGGCUGCAGGAAGUCUUGCAGGUCAUCUGAUUGAGUGUGGUGCCCAAUGUACCGGUGGAAUAUUUACAGACUGGCACAAAGUUCCUGACUGGGAUAACAUUGGUUUUCCGGUGGUUGAAUGUUCCUCUGAUGGAAGUUUCAUCCUUUCAAAACCACCUAAUACUGGUGGCCUGGUGUCAUUUGGUACCGUUACUGAGCAACUUGUAUAUGAGAUUGACGACCCCCGUAACUACCAAUUGCCUGAUGUUGUCUGCAACUUCUCUCAAGUUACUGUGUCUGAAAUUUCAGUUACAGAUGGUGGUGCUGUGCUUGUCCAAGGAGCAAAGGGAUCACCUCCAUCUGACAGUUACAAGAUUUGUGCCACGUAUUUAGAUGGCUACCGAUCAAUAGCGGUGUGUCCCGUGGCAGGACGACGAUCUGUGGAGAAGGGAAGGAAAACAGCAGAGAGCAUUUUGAAAAGGAUGCAACGUAUUUUCAAAGAGGUUGGCCUAGGUGACUUCAAAUCGGUUAAUGUGCAGAUUCUGGGAUCUGAAGAAAUCUAUGGAAGGCAAGCUGCAAAGACAAAUAAUAACCCUCGGGAAGCUGUUAUUUGGCUAGCAGUUCAUCACAUGCAGAAGAAAGCUCUGGAACUAUUUUCCCGUGAAAUUGCUCCAGCUGGCACUGGAAUGGCACCUGGUCUAACAGGAAUUGUUGGCGGAAGACCCAAGGUGUCUCCUGUUCUGAAGCCAUUCUUCUUUUUGUAUCCAAAGCAAAAUGUUACGAUUGAUAUAUUUAUGAAUGGAAAGCAUGCUGAAACUUUGAAAGAAGACUUUAACUUUACACAAUUGCCUGCCUCAGAAGAAAACGCAGAACAGGAACAGGAUGAUCUAAAUGAUUUACCAAUUGGGGCUUGCCGUUAUCGAUUAGAAGAACUCGCAUACACCAGAAGUGGUGAUAAGGGCAACACCGCAAACAUAGGAGUCAUCGCUCGGCACCCUCUCUAUUAUCCUUACUUACGGAAAUUAUUGACUGCCCAGGCUGUUGAGGAAUACUUCCAGCAUCUUAUAGAGAAGACAGAUUCUGACACUAUGAUGGUCACCAGGUUUGACCUUCCGGGGAUCCAGGGAUUAAAUUUUGUGCUGAGAAAUUCUUUGGGCGGCGGGGGUGUUGCAUCUUUGAGGAUUGACCCGCAGGGUAAAGCGUAUGGACAGAUGUUGUUGGACUUUCAAUUGAGGAAUCUCCCUGAUCUAAAGGCGCUUGUGGAUGAGUAGAGGAGACGUGCGGAAGGCCGAGAGUUUGGGGAUCAUGUGCUGCAUGCCUGCACAAGCACAUGAUGUCGAUGCCUCUGCUGUGAUGCCUUUUUACACAGUAACAAAUGCACGCCAUAUAGAAACACAGAAAAAUAGGUGCAGGAGUAGGCCAUUCGGCCCUUGGAGCCAGCACCGCCAUUCGAAAUGAUCAUGGCUAAUCAUCUAAAAUCAGUACCCCGUUCCUGCCUCGUCUCCAUAUCCAUUGAUUGCGUUAGUCCCAGCAGCUAAUUCUAACUCACUCUUGAAAACAUCCAUUGAAAUGGCCUCCACUGCCUUCCGUGGCAGAGAAUUCCACAGAUUCACAACUCUCUGGGUGAAAAAAGUGUUUCCUCAUCUCAGUCUUAAAUGACCUACCCCUUGUACUUAAACUAUUAAUAAUUUCGACGUAGUAAACUAAAACAAGUUGAUUUUAUUUUAAAUUCAGUUUGAAGAAGCCCCGACCUGAUACGUCGCCUGACAGACGCUGCCUGACCCAUGGAGUUACUCCAGCACUUUGUGUUUUGCUCAAGAUUCCAGCAUCUGCAGUCUCUCCUAACUUCGGAAUUUUCCAUUGCUAUUUUUAUCCAUUUUACCAUGUUCUCAUUCCAAUGACUUUACGAGUAAAUAUAAAAUAUAUAUAUAUAUAUAUAUAUAUAUAUAUAUAAACUGCUGGAGGAACUCAGUGGCUAAGCAGCAUCUGUGGAGAGCAAGAGACAUAUUCGGAGUUUGGAAACACAGACCUUCCCUUUGCCUUCAAUGAUGCUGCUUGACCCGCUUAGUUUCUCCGACAGUUUAUCUUGUACUCCGGAUUCCAACUUGUUUUACAACAGAGACUGCACUGAGAUAGUAAAUAAAAAGCAAAAAAUGGUGCCAACACUCAGCAGGUCGCGUAGUAUCUGGGGGAAAGAGGGACGAAGUUAAAACUCGCGUCGAUAGGGUUCCUCGACUUUGUGAAGUAGUGAAACGCGUUGUGGGUUUAACGGUGUCAAUGGAUAAUAGCGAGUUCGUGUUUAAUUAAGUUCACCCUGCAGUUAUAACACAAGUAUUUUGUAUUUUAAUUUUAAUUUAGUAAUAAAUCACUUUCUUUAACAG